AUGUUGGUUGAUCAUAUAUUGGCACAAAUUCCGUUUUUACUUUCCUAUCCCGCGGCGCUGUUAGCUAACAACCUAAUUCUAUCUCCUAAAACUCCAACACAAGACAAUUCUAUUCAUGAGUAUAAUCAUGAUGUAAUUCCAAUUUUUAUGGGACAUCUCCUGGUCCCAUUAAUGACAGCAUUUAUGGUUGUUUCAGUUACUCAAUAUGUGUUAAGAAUAUUUACGACGAAUAAUUUGUUGGUGUUCCUGAUAUCCUUUAUUACUCUGGUGCUUGAUUCGUUUCUGGGGCCGAUUCAGGCUUCGGUAUUGUCUGUAAACAUAUUACAAGUGGUAUUGGCUUCUUCUGUAUCUCUGCGAUACUAUUUUGUAUUCCCAGUGCUGAGCUUGUGUUUGAACUAUGUCGAUGGGACUUCUUAUUAUGCCACAGUUGGAUCUUAUGUUAGUAUUAUUGCAUUUUUGGUUAUAUGCAUGAAAUACAAAAGAAAUUCGAUGUCUUAUCUUUCCCAAGUCACGAUUCAUAAGUAUUGCUUCCCAAUUGGCAUAUUGGUGUCACUUACUGUUACUAAUGUUUGGGCUCUAUACGUCAAUACUGUGAAAAUCAGUCAUGCAAUGGUGUUGGUUUUUUUGGGCUGCAUAUUAGUCGCAUUACUUACCUAUCAGGAUAUGACGCAAGAUUUAUUGUGCGCAGACAAGGAUCAGGCUACGAUGGGAGCGGUUUGGAAGAGUCCAUAUGCACCGGCUGCUGUUGGUACCCUGGCAGUAAUACUUCAAUAUUUGUCUUUCAAUAAUGUUUCAGCGACUUUCGAAGGUGAUUUGGUUAUCUUUGCUUUUAUUCUAGCGAGUGGUAUUCUGCCCAAGACGAUUGACCUUAGCAAUAGGCAUCCUCUAAAGGGCGAGGACUUACUUGAUAAACACUGUGAUUUCCAAGAUGUAAGAUCUAAUUUGAACGUUAGGGAUUCUCACCGCGGGAAGUUAAUGGCGACUAGAUCGCUGUUUAAGCAAUUAGCGAUGAAUAAGGAGAAUAGUGCAAUUUUUUCAUUCUUAUUGUUGAACUUUGCCUUUAUGUUGGUUCAAUUACUCUACUCCUUUCGUUCCAAAUCUCUGGGCUUAUUGUCAGAUUCUUUGCACAUGGCGUUAGACUGUACGUCGCUUUUUCUUGGUCUCGUUGCCGGAGUUUUAUCAAAGAAUCCGCCAACUGACAGGUUCCCUUUUGCACUGACAUAUCUUGAAACGCUCGCAGGUUUCACGAACGGUGUUCUACUUAUCGGUAUUGUAUCUGGGAUAUUUGUUGAAGCUGUAGGUAGGAUUCUGCACCCGGUCACCCUCCAUGGAACCAACGAAUUAAUUGUUGUUUCAACCCUAGGUCUACUGGUUAAUCUGAUAGGUUUGUUUGCGUUUGACCAUGCAGGUCACGGACAUGGGCAUGACAACGAAAACUUGAAAGGUAUAUUUCUACAUAUCCUUGCCGACACGCUUGGCUCUGUUGGUGUAAUUGUGUCCAGUCUGUUAAUUAAGGCUUUUGGUUCACAAAUCUUUGAUCCAUUGGCUUCGAUUUUCAUUGCCUCUCUAAUUUUGCUGAGUUCUAUUCCAUUGAUAAAAUCCACAGCAUAUGGCAUUCUGUUGAAGCUCAAUGACAAAAACCAUGCUACUGUGAAAAAGGCUCUUAAUCAAAUAGUGUCUACGCCAGGAAUUACUGGAUAUACGAUACCAAGAUUCUGGCCCACCAGUCUCGCUCAUAUAGGCGGCCAUGGGCAUGCCCAUGGCCAUUCACAUGGCCAUUCACAUGAUCAUUCACAUGAUCAUUCCCACGAACAUUCCAAUGAGCAUUCCAACGAGCAUUCUCAUAAACAUUCCCAUAAACAUUCCCAUAAACAUUCGCAUGAGCACAAUAACAAUGAAGAAAAAUUACAUAAUGCAAGUAAAAAACGAUUAAUCGGAUAUAUCCAUAUCCAAUAUGCGGAAGGCGAAAACUCCACCAUUAUCAAGAAGCGUGUUGAAAGGAUUUUUGAAAAGCUUGAGAUUCAAGCUUGGAUCCAAGUAGAGGCUAACGAUUCGAACUGUUGGUGCCGCGCAACAUCUAUGAACCAUAGAGCGGCCUUCAUGUAA